UGGUUGGUGCCAACACACCUUUGCGUUCUACUGGGCGACACUUUGAGCCCGUCACGCCCCUUCCGCACCCCCCCACUGCGUUUGAAACGAUGAAUGGGAAACCAGGAUUAAGGCGAAGUUGGAAACGUACUGUUAGUGCUGUUUUGGUUUUAGGCGUUAACACAAGACGCACUGGCUACUUGUCAGCGGCCCUGAACACUCAUUUUAGAUAUUUCCAACAUGGCACUUGAGAAGCUUCACUCAGACAUCCAGAGUAAAUUUCAGCAUGCUCCUAUGGGCGCAGGUGACGUGGAGGCUGUAGAGGCGCUGCUGUCCAUGACUAAGCACUGGAAAACCAGAAGCUUCAGGCCCAAGCACCGCAGACCACUGACUCCAUCCUCAGACUGCUCUGAGGAUGACUCUGCCCCCCUUAGGCUUGCUGUGUUACAAGAUGCUCCUUUGUGUAUGACACCACCAUACAGCCCACUCCACUGUGAGACCACCCAUUCAACCUCAGGAGCAACCUUACAUCAACCUGCAGCAGCUCCACGUCCAAGCCUGCACCCAACAGAAGAGGCUCAUCUGCACAAUUAUACUGCUGCUUCUCAGCAGAGGUUUCAGUGCACCAGUGUAAUCCGGCACACUGCAUAUGGCCAGCACACCCAUCUUGCCUCAACGGAGGAAACACUCAGUCAAGUUCAUGUAAAAGACUCUAAAACAGAUUUGAACUUGGAAGAUGGGCUGAGCAAUAAAGGUGAUGAGAUUAUUAUAAUGCAGUCUGACUCUAGGGCUUCAGCGCUACAGGAACCUUUCACUGAAGCUCUGCCAAAUGUGGCGAAAGCCAGCCAGACCCAGGUGAGUCUUUCAGGCCCGGGUGAUAAAACAGACUUAUCUCAGUCUGUCUCCUCUGUUCCAGCUGGUGUUUUUGGGGUUUCCCUUAUCCCCGUAUACUCCUGCAUCCAUCCUGUGUCUUCACUUUCUCCCACUGUGGCGCAAAAAUCUGUCAUAGCCUCUGAGAGCCAGCGGCUGCACCUACUUCCCAUUCCGUCAGCAGUCACCACCGUGCAGACACCCCAACAACAGCAGCACAAACAACAACAUGCACUACCACAGUCACAAACCCAAGUAGCUUGUCCUUCCCAGGUCUUCCUCCUUGGGGGUCAGGUGGCAAGAGGCCCCAUAAUGCUCCUUGUCCCUCAGGCAGCUGCUCCUACUCUCUAUCUUCAGCCCACACCAGUGACCCCUGGUGGCACCAAGUUUGCAGCCAUUGCCCCCGCACCUGGUCGUACCCUGUUGGAGCCAAGACAGAGCCACCUGUCCCCAGAGGUGUCUCGUGUACGCAGUCAUGUUUGUCCCCAAGAGGACUGUGGCAAGACCUACUUCAAAAGCUCCCACCUGAAGGCACAUAUGAGGACGCAUACAGGUGAGAAGCCCUUCAAAUGCAAGUGGGAGGGCUGUCACAGGCGAUUUGCUCGCUCUGACGAGUUGUCUCGUCACAGACGCACCCACACGGGAGAGAAAAGGUUUGCCUGUCCCAUAUGCCUCAGCAGCUUCAUGCGUAGUGACCACCUGGCCAAGCAUGCUCGGAGACACCUGGUAGCACGGAAGACACCCUGCUGGACGUUUGCUGUGACCCGGUCUGCUGACCUCGCUGCUUCCACAACACUCAGUCUCUCUUUAAGAAACCUUGUCUGAGGGAUCCUAAUGAGACACUAAAGAACUGGGCAACUAGAAAACUGAAUUUGAGGCUUUGUGUGGCUGGGUCUCACUGCACAGAGGAUUGUGUGCUUGAUUUUUAUGUCACCAGUCAGUUUCACAACUGUUAAACUGAAAAGUAAGUUAGACUACAGCAAGGGCGCUGCACCUUAACCACCAGCCUAUCAGGGACGACUAUAUCCUAUAUUUCUAAUAAUAUAAUAAUACUUUUUAAUUUGUGUGUGUGUGUUGAGUUAAU